AUGGCCAACAUUGUCUACCAGUACUCCGUCCUCAGUGCCCUCAUGCAGGGCAUCGCCGACGGCGGCAUCACCGCUGCCCAGCUGCUCACCCACGGCGACCACGGGCUGGGUACCGUCUCCCACAUGGACGGCGAGAUUGUCAUCGUCGACGGGGAAGCCUACCACUUCACCUCGGACCACCGGCUGCGGCCCGUGCAGCCGACCGACACGCUGCCGUUCGCCAUGGCGACGCGUUUCCAGCCCACAUGGAGCAACCCAGUGCACGACCUCACCAUGGACUCGCUGUCAGCGGCACUGGCGCCGCUUCUGCCGUCCCGCCAGAACAGUUUCCUCUCCAUCCGCAUGGACGGCAGCUUCCGCAAGAUUCUGUUCCGCGUGGUCCCUGCGCAGUCCGUGCCGGGAGAGCCCCUCGGCGCCUUGGCGAAGAGGCAGGAUCUCACCACCCAUGUCGCCGUGUGUGGGACGUUGUUUGGCUUCUACUCGCCGCCGUUUACCACUGGGUUCAGCGUUGCCGGUUUUCAUUUGCAUUUUCUCUCGCAUGACCGUCGGAUGGGCGGGCAUGUGUUGUCCUUUGACGCAGAGGAGGGCGAGCUCAAGGCGGCCGUCGCCAAUCAGUACCAAGUAGAGUUUCCGCAGUCGGAGAGCUUCCACCAGGAGCCGAUCAGGGCCUUUGUGGAGACGGAGAUUCAUCAAGCGGAGGGAACGUCUGGGAGUGAUUGA